ACGUAAAAUCGGUCACCCAAAUUCCAAAUCUUAACCGUUGAAAAACCCUUGAUGAUGGUCCCUCUUCUUCCUUGUGAUUACCCACAAUUUAUCUUCUUCUCCUUCCUCUCCCCUUUCUAGUUAAAAGCGCAUCUGAAUCCCAACAACAAAAGCAAAAAGCUCAAACCAAAACUCAACUCGUAGAGAAACAAGGACAUACUUUUUUUUCAUUUGUUCUUUUCGUUCUUUAGGGAGUUUUGGGUGUUCAAGGUUUGAAAAGAAAGAAUAAGUGGAUACCUCUCUAUAUAUUUUGAUUUGUUUAUAAUUAUUUGUUUUCGUCAAUGGAGAAAGAGAACAAGAAGGUAGAUGCAGCAGCUUUGGAAGGGUUUUCUCCUGUCACUACAACUAGGAUUUUCUGGAACUCCAGGAAGAGAUCAGCUAGCGGGAGGAAUUUAGACAAGGUAACAGAAGAGACUGCUAAUAUGACACCCACCAAACAGGAAGAAGAAACUCCAGAUCAAGAGAAUGCCCCAGAUCCAACAACAGCUUCUGAACUUUCUGAGCGCCGGAAGGCUCUCUUUGAACCACUGGAACCCAUAAAAAAUCUCAAUGGCCGGCGCCCAUCAGCUGAAUCUUUACUUCCCCCACCAGACUUUGAUGCUGCAAUCUAUCCCAAGGGCUGGCUGAUUGGAAAGAAGAGGAAGCUGGUAAAUGUUGAUGUUGUUGAGAGCAUGAGGAGGAUUGCAGUCCAGGAAAUGAACAGAAAGGACCGGGAAAUUGAUGGCCUAAAUGAGCAGUUGGAAGAAGAUGCCCGAUGCCUAGAACAUCUGCAACUUCAGCUUUUACAAGAGAAAAGUAAAAGGUCAGACGUAGAGAGAGAAAAUGCAAUGCUUCAAGAACAGAUAUCCAUGCUGAUGAACAUGUUGCAGGAGAACGAAAGCAUGGGAGACGAAGGUCCAGAUGAAGCUUAAAGAAAAAAAAAAUUCAUUUGUAGUUUGUUUAUUCUUUUGUAGAGUUGUUUGAAAAGAGUAAGAAGGCAGGAAUACAUGCAAAUAUAUACACAUUUGGGAGAAAAUAGGUCUAGUGAUUGUAGUUUGUUUGGCGUGGUGAGUAGCUUUCUUAUGCUUAUUAUUGCUUGUAAGUUGUAAGUUAGUCUCAAAUCUUAUGCCAAAUUUAUCUAAAUAAAUUGUUUUUAUGUUA